AUGGCCAAGAGACUCAGCACAGAAGCCCGAAGGAGGAUCGAACCUCCCAUCAUUCCCAACGUUUCGACAAAUGAGCAAAUGAAGAACAUGUGGAAGGUCACCAACGGCUGGAAAGCCUCCCCUUCUGAAGGCAGAGUGUACUGCAUGAAGCUAUCCCAGGAAAAGGAUGCUCCGGUCUACACCUUGUCCUCGACAUCUCAGCCAUUCUACAACCUCAGGCUCGACCCUACAUCAGCAUCCGCAUACGUUACUCUCAGUCGGCACGACCCUAAUAAGGUCUACAAGGCCCCGAGCCCAACGGCAGGCUCUUCGGCCAGUAGCAUCCUCAGCGGCGUCGUCGGCAACAAGGACAACGGCAAAGGCACUGAGAGCAAGCACUGGCAAGAGGUCCUCACCACCACUCUCGAAGAAGAAUCCCGCAAGCAUCCUCCAAAUGACGGCCUGGUUGCCCUUCUCUAUCCGCAAGCAGCGGCCAAGAUGGCCCUGGACAGGCCAGACGACAUGACCGCCAUCGUCACCGCGGAAACGGAGUGCGCACGGCUCGUCUGGGACGACGACUCCAGCUCGCACUUCGUCGUCCACCCAGCGUUGGCCACGCCCUUCUGCGUCACCAUUGAGCGCUCACCCGCCUGGAGCCGGGUCGAGUACACCUUGGAGCAUCACGAGUCGCCUCAGCACCUCGCCAAGCUGACCCGUGACGGCACGGGCGCUGGGUUCCUCGAGGUUGAUACGGCCAUCGCCUCCAAGAUUGAGAGCUUCUUCAUCGUCGACGUCGCCAUCACGGCGCUGCUGCUGGUUGCGGCAAGCGACGAGAAGAACUCAAAGGUCGAGACUUUCGAGCCUCCUCCCGCACCGCGCGAGCCUGCUGGCGGCGAGCGCCGGCUUAGCAAGCGGGAGGAGAAGAAGCGUGCGGCCGCCGCGCGCAGGGGCAAGAUGGAGGAGUUUGAGAUCGACGUCGAGAGCCAGGACAGCAGCCUUGGCAGCUUCGCGAAGCUGGAACAAGUCGGAAAAGAGACGCGCGACAGGAUGCCGUGGCCGUUGAGGGCGCUGUUCAAAGUCUUGUCCGCUCUAUUCAAGUGCUUCGUGUGGUUCCUGACGAUUGGCUUCAAGGCGCUUGCUGCCAUCGUCAAGGGGUUGGCGAGGUGUGUUGGCGUGAAGUCGAAAUGA